AUGGGCACUCAGAUGCUUAUCAGAUGCAUCCAAAUGAGCAGCCUGGCUGAUGACUACUGGAGGCUGCAUUCUAAGCGACAAAUUACAUCAUCCAGCCCGUUGGCCUCACUUUCUCCAUUCAUCGAUAGCUUUGGGCUGAUGCGAGUUGAUGGCAGACUACAAAAUUCGUCCUUGGAUUACAAUGCGCAGCAUCCUGUCAUACUACCACGCCAGCAUCCAGUUACAAGUGCUAUCAUACUGGACUUGCAUCGGAAAAACUUGCAUUCUGGUCCGCGAGCGCUGCUCGCUAACAUGCGUCUUCAAUUUUGGCCGAUAGGUGGCCGAAAAACAGAUCGUGUAAAUACAACAUCAGCGUUCAUGGUUACUGGACUGUAUUUCUGCGGGCCAUUUUGCUACAAAACCGGAGUUCGAAGCAAGGUGCCUGUGAAAACGUACGUCUGCGUUUUCAUCUGUUUCGCGACGAAAGCGAUCCACCUGGAGCUUGUUCAGGAUCUUUCAACACAAGCGUUCUUGGGAGCAUUGAAGCGGUUUAUUCUCACCAGAGGCAAACCUGCCCGGAUAUGGUCAGAUAAUGCUACCAACUUCGUUGGAGCUAAAAACGAACUGGCUGAGCUGAAGAAUCUAUUCCUGACUGGCCCACACAUUCGAGCUAUAGAGGAAUUCUGCGAUUUAUUCCCCCACGUUCGCCUCACUUUGGAGGCCUCUGGGAGGCUGCAGUGA